AUGUCGUCCAUGAGAGCGGCUCGCUUCUACGGCAACAGGGACAUUCGCGUCGAGGACGUACCCGUCCCUGAACCAGGUCCAGGGGAAUGUCUUGUCGAGGUCGAGUGGUGUGGAAUCUGCGGGAGUGAUCUUCACGAGUAUGCCGCCGGUCCCGUGUUGAUGCGCACGACCGAUCCUGAGACCGGCAAGCCCAGGCCGAUCAUCUUCGGCCACGAGUUCUGCGGACGGCUCAAAUCCGUCCCCGAAGGAUCGAAACUGCAAGUCGGCCAGGCUGUCAUGGUCGACCCUCACUGCAUAUGUCGGACUUGCCUUUGCUGCACUGCAGGGAACGAUCACAUCUGCCAGAAACUCGCCUUCUUGGGCGGAAGCAGUGGCAAGGGCGGCGGUCUCUCCGAGUACGCUACCGUCGAAGAGACCCAUUGUCUUCCGUUGCCCGAGAAUGUAAGCUUGGAGAACGCCGCGGUGAUUGAGCCCUUGGUCGUCUGUCACCAUGCGGCCAAGGCGUCCGGGUUGAACUUGGCAGGGUUGGACGUGCUGAUUCUUGGGGGAGGACCCGUUGGCGCUGCCUUGAUCUCCGUCCUGAGAGCACACCGAGUCGGGAAGAUCAUCCUGAGCGAGCCCACGGCCAAGAGGAAGGAGCAAGCCAAGGACGUAGUCGACAGGGUCAUUGACCCGAGAACGGAGAAGGUAGGAGACGUGUGUCGAGAGCUGACGGGCGGUAAAGGCGUGGACGUCGUGUUUGACUGUGCCGGCGUUCAACCCGCGUUGGAAGCUGGCUUUGACGCGAUAAAGUCGACGGGCACGUUUGUCAAUGUCGCCGUGUGGGAGAAACCGAUCCAGAUCCAGUUCCUGCCGUUCUUCUUCAAGGAGGUCAAGAUCAUGAGCUCGUGCUGCUACAAUGAGCAGGAUUUCAAGGAAGUCAUGGAGUUGAUGGCCAAAGGCAAGUAUCCCAACCGCAUCUCCCUGGAAGACACUGGCCCGAAGGGCUUCGAGGAACUGGUCAACAACAAAGACGACCAGAUCAAGAUCCUGAUCUCGCCCAAGAUAGCCAAAUGA